AUGCGACCUCCGAGAGUUGUUAUAGCCGUGGCCUUCUUCAUGACCACGCUGCUCUUGACGUUUCUUUCUCUUCGAUCAUCUCACGCGCCGUCUAAGAUACCUUCAAACCUUCCUACAGUGGCGAAAACUUCCGGCGUACAGUCCUUCUUCUCAUUCCGAACGCCCUUUUCUCUAUUUCCACCGAAUGCUAUUAUAACUUUGACGCACGAUAACACGACUGCUUUCUUAGCACGACCUGCGAACUUCGGCCCGCUGCUUCCGCCAGAUGGUCUCAAGGGACAAGUGUGGAUAGGGAGCGGCUUUGGAGACGAUGGCACACGGCAAGGUGCGAUUUCUGCUGCCGCUGAGGGAGAACUAGGCUGCAGUGAUGUGCCUGGCUGGGGAGACGACUAUCUAAGGUUGAGCGCGUUGACAUCCGAAGUUGGCAAAUCGACAGACGGAAAGACUGCGACAACUGCGGGGAAGCAAAAGCCGCAAAAACGGUCAAGCGACGAGGACGGCCCAUUCGGUGACCGGACCGAGCAGGAAGAAGGCAUUUCUGGUGCGAAAGAUAGGGAGCCGAGGCCCCUUGCGGAUGAUGGUACCGACGACUACCUCCACCACCCCUUACCAGAGUCGACGGUUUCAAAGCCGAAUGCGAAGAACUCUGCGGAGGUGAAAGGGGACCACGCGGAUAUCCAAUCAAUACAAGAAGGGGCUGAAAUUGCGGGAAAGAUUGUGCUUCUGAGCCGAGGUGGAUGUGGAUUUCUGGAGAAGGUCAAAUGGGCACAGAGGAGAGGGGCAAUUGCUCUGAUGGUAGGUGAUAAUCAGCCAGGCGGACCGUUGAUUCAGAUGUAUGCUCGAGGGGAUACAUCAAACGUCACGAUACCAUCUAUCUUCACGUCGAGGACUACAGCACAUCUUUUAUCGUCUCUGAUUGGGCCGGGAAGAUCCAUCCAAGAUGUAAUCGAUGAGACUGGGAAACCAGCCCUGAAGGUCCAGCAUACGGAUAAGAAGAAAGGAGGAAGCUAUCAGGAUUCCAGGCCAAAUUUUACCCCUACGACUGCUUUUCCAAGAGCGACUGGGGUCACUCGAAUAGCUUCGAAGGCGGGACACAAGAAGCCUUCCCAAAAGACGAAAGAGGAGACUUCCGAGAAAUCAGUCGACAAGCCAGGGUGGCUCAAGUCUCUGUUCUUCGGUCCCGGCAAAGGAUCCAAGUCAGAAGCCAGUCGUCCACCAAGUAGUGGGCGACUUGGCUGGGUUCUUGUUGACGAAUGGAAAGAUGAUGACGAGCCAAAGACCAAGAAGAUUUCAACGGAUACCAGUCAGAAGAUCGAGGAUAAUAUCGCUGUACCAGACCCAAACCCGGCUUCCAAAGGAAACUCUGGUGAUGAUUUCGUGAUUGGCGUUCAAGAUUGGCGUGAUCCGGACCUUGUUGGAGAGCCGAGGGUGAAGGAUGCUGAUGGUGGCAAGAAGGUGCUUCCAUCGAAGCCUAAUGGAAUUUCAGAUGUGGCAACCGAGAGAUCUCCGGUUCUAAGCAAGUCUGGCAAGAAGCAUCUUGGUGGCGCUCUUCAAGAAAUUCCGGACUUCCUUCCACCGCUUAGGGGCGGCAGCAUCACACCGGGAAGUGGGGAGUACAAAGCAAAGAACACGGGAGGAGAACAAGCCCAGCAAGAGAAUGAGCCUCAGACAGAGUCUCUCUUCGCUGAUGGCAAGUCGAAAGGCAUACUUACAACCAUUUUUGGAGAUGAUGAGGAGAAUGUCGAGUUCUUACCGAGCGAAAAGGCAGAGCUGGAAGAAGCAGGCGAAGAAUACGAAGACGGUGAUAGCGAAGAUGAAGGAUUAUGGGUCACAUUGACGCCAACAAGUGGAGCGAGUCCAUUCCUAGAUACACUGUUGGUUUUAGUCGUGAGUCCAUUGGUCACUUUGACUAUUGUUUACGCUCUCCUUUUGAUCAGGUCACGAAUACGGCGCCGUCGAUGGAGGGCACCAAAAUCUGUGGUCGAAAGACUGCCAGUUAGAACCUACCAAACAGUACUCCCAUCUGGUAGCGCUUCGCCCAGAACUCCAAGUCCAAGUAGCUCCUCGGCCAACACUCCACUCCUUUCAAGCUCGCCACCUAGUAGGCCGCGUCCGAGAUCGAGGACUACAACUGGGAUACCAGAACCAGGAGACUUGGUGCGAAUAAACUCGAGUCCUUUACAAAUGCCAGCGAUACCGCCUCGAGCACCAGAGCACGAGAAAAAUGCAAGCGAGUCUAGCGAAUGGAAGAAGCACAUGAGCAAGCAGGUCGAGUGUGUUGUCUGUCUUGAGGAGUACGUCGAUGGUGUCAGCCGUGUGAUGAGUCUACCAUGUGGUCACGAAUUCCACGCGGAUUGCAUUACGCCCUGGCUGACUAAACGACGCCGAACGUGUCCUAUCUGUAAAGGCGACGUCGUGCGCUCUCUUGCGAGGGGCUCUCCAGCAGGCCCACGCUACGAGCCUUACCACGACGACAGCGACGACGACGCCCAAGUUGAAGCCGCAGAAACCGUAGACGAGCCUUCGUCAUCCGCCCUACCCAUAGCGGGCAGCUUCGGCAGCAACGACGUCGAGCAAGCAUCGCCCACGCGACCACGAAGAAGCCAGCAGGCAAGCAGCUGGCGCGCUCUACUGGCGAACAGUCUUGGCUCCUCAUCUCGGAGUCCGCAGCCACCACAGGAGGACCGAGAUCGAUGA